AUAAAAAUUUUGUAUAUUUCUUAUAGAAAAUAUUUUUAAUAAUAUUUAGAAAAUUUUAUACAUAUUUUUGAUACAUAAAAUGAUAUUAAUGAAACCAAAUAUAAAAUUUCUCUCACUAAAAUCCCAUGGCCGAAAUUCCACACUUCACAAAAACCAUAGCCCAAAACCCCUUUUUAUGUUUUUAAUGUUGUGUAUUAUUAUUGAUCAAUAAUACACUAAAUCUCAAAUAUCCUUAAAAACAAAGUCAAAAGGAAAUUAGACUUUAUUAGUAUCACUGAUGGGCCGAUAUCCAGAGGACGGCCCAAAUGAACCAUUUAAACAGCUUCGGGUCAAGCACCUGUGGAAUACUCAAGCUGGGCCGGCCCAAGGAGCUGGGCCUAGUUAAUCUCAGGCCAAGCGCAGCUGGCAAAGCCAGCCCGGAGCAGGAGACGGAGCUGAUUGGCCGUUACGGAGCCGGAAAAAGGGGAUCGCGCCCUUGGGCGGGCGAAACUCUAUCGCAACGCCAACGUAGGUACCGGAGUUCCCCAGCAGGGGGAGAACAGCGCCACCGGAGGUCGGCACCCCCCAUCACCACAGGGGAGGCUGAGGCCCUCAUUCAGAGGGUUGGGAUCACGACCGAACAAUUCAAGGAGGUGCUGGCCGCACUUGCCCCCAACCGCGAGGUAGUGGUGGGAGAUGUGGCUGGGGGACCCAUGGGCGAGAAAGCUGGGCCUGCGGGCUCCCAAGGAAAAAAGAAAAAAGUGAGGCGGUCCCAGAAGAAGAAGGCGACCAAACCCAAUGGGAAGGCUAUGAUGGCGGAUGCGCUUUCCAGGCUGGAAGAAGAGGACGAGUCGUCCUCCUUCGAGCGAAUGUCUGCUUUUGACCGUUUGGGAGAUCCCAAGUCGAAGAAACCUCGGACCUCUACGUUCGAAAGGUUGCAGGACACUCGGUCGGCCCGAAAAGGCGACUUGAGAGACACGCUCAAGGAGAAGAGAGGGGAGUCCACAGCGACCUCCAAGGUCGGUUCUGAGGAGCGACGGACGACAGUCGGGGAUAAAGGUGCAGCCGAGCUGUGGAAAAUGUACGAACAACUGGAGAAGCGGCUGGAUGCCCAGAACCCCUAUCGCCAGGCGGUCUUCAGUGAGAUCAAGGCAUACAAUGGGACGACCGAUCCCCAAGACCACCUCGCUCGUUUCGGGGCCAACGUGGUCAUGUACGCGUAUCCAGAAGAAAUCAAGUGUCGGUGCUUCCUGGCGACACUGGAAGGGCAGGCUUGUGAGUGGUUUCACAAGUUACCCAAGGGGUCGAUAGAUAAGUGGGGCGACCUGGCCCACAAGUUCUUGGAGCACUUCGCGUCCAGCCGGAGACAAAAGCUCCCCUUCUCGCAUUUGCUCAAUGUGAAGAUCCGGAAGGGGGAACAGCUCCGGGAGUUCAUUAAUAGGUGGGAGAAGGAGGCUAGGGAUGUCCAAGGGGCGGACGACCAAGCCCUGAUCGCCAUGCUCCAAGCUGCACUCCCCCAAGGGGAUGUGCGUAAGGAGCUGCGACGGAAUCCUCUCUCGACCUAUCAAGAGAUGUUGGCCAGGGCGAAGUACCUGGCGCUGGAAGAGGAAGAUGAUGAGCCACCAGUCCGGAAGGAGAAGAAAAGCGGGCCACCGGUGGCAGAAGGAAAGAAGAGGAAGGAAUAUGCGAUCACAGCAGGAGCGGGGCAAGAGGAUGGACGGCGGCACCUAGGGCGAGAUUGUGAUGACCUAGAUGAGGAGGAGAGGCAAGGUCGCCGACACUUGGGGUGUCGGUUCAUCAUGGGAGGAAACACUGGAGGAGAUUCGGUAUCCUCCCGGAAGAAGUGGAAGAACAUGGUGUACCUGGCCGAGGUACAAAGGCCACCGCUGCCUAAGCGAAAGAAGAAGGAACCCCUGAUCUUUACAGACGAGGAUUAUCCCCCAGUCCUCAGUCCUCACAGGGACGCUCUGGUGAUAAGAGUGGAGAUCAAUAAUGUGGUUGUUCACCGAACCUUGGUCGAUACGGGCAGCUCGGUCAACGUAAUGUACAGCAACACCUUUAAGGAGUUGGGAUUGUCCCGAAGCGACCUGAAGCCAAUCCAUACGCCGCUGUCAGGAUUUACAGGGGAUACUAUCGAAGCGAAAGGAACUAUCACGGUAAAGGCCGGGGUAGGAGAUGGCACCCACCGACUCUGGGUCGACAUGGAAUUUAUGGUAGUACAGCUCGACUGUGCACACCAUCUAAUUCUGGGACGACCAGGGUUGGAGGACCUGGAGUGCGUAAUCUCCCCCGUCCACUUAUGCCUGAAGUUCAACACUCCCACAGGAGUGGGAGUAGCAAAGGGGAACCAGAGCCUGUCACGGUCGUGCUAUGUUAGGGCGACCAAAAGCCAAGCCCGAGUCGACGAGAAUGUGAGCACGAUCUGUGCGGCGAUCCAAAAGGAGGAGGGGCGACCCCGAGCUGAGCCGGCGGAAGAGGUCGAGGAAAUUUCUUUGGAUCCGGUUGAGCCCGAGCGGAAGGUGAAGGUAGGCAAAACCUUACCGCUUGAAUUAAAGGAGCAGUUAUUGGAGGUCCUCCGAGCAUUCAAGAUGCUAUUCGCUUGGGGACCAGAGGAUAUGUCAGGGAUCGACCCAAAAAUCAUCUGCCAUAGAUUGGCAGUGGAUCCGACCCACAAGCCGGUCAAACAGAAGAAGCGUUUCCUUUCCGCGGAACGGAGAGAGUUUGUCACCAAGCAGGUGACCACCCUGCAGUCCAUUGGGCACAUCCGGGAAGUCCGCUACCCGGAAUGUACAGUUGAGAACAAUCUCUACGUUAGGAAGGAUACUUCCCCAUACAUCUCCUACAAUGAAAAACGACAAUCUAAUACUUUGCGAGCGAAGGCCUAGGGGGGACAGGCAGGUCUGAAAGGU